GCGCCGCAGCAUGAGGAGCUGAGUGAGAUAGUGAAGCUGCCGAAGCUGGACACGAGUUACGACUCGCUUGAGUCAACUCAAGAAGUAUUGAGGUUCAUUGAAUCAGAUUGGUGGGAUUAUGGUACAAAUUGUGAAUAUUAUUUUGGUGGAGAGAAUAUUAAUAUGGGAUUUACUACAGGAUUAGAAGCUGUGGUUUCGAACAGUUUUGAGAGUUUUCUAUGGCAACAUUAGAGGAUUAAAGUGGUGUGUUUUUUUGUCAUCUUAUUUUUUUAAUUUACACUUUUUGUAGUUUUGCUUUAGGAUCAAAGGGGCUGAGAACUAUAUACGUUUCUUGCAUCUCAAGUAGUGCUUUUUUGCCAGUUUGCAAUGGCAUUUUUACAGCUAUAGAUCCCAUCUUCUUUUUCAUAUGGUGAAAGGACUAUCACAUAAUUUAUUUUUAGUUGAUUUCUCCUUC